CAAAUAAGUAAACACGGUAAACACACGUCCAAACACAGAGAAGCUCAAGCUGACUUCCAUCGACGUGAGAGUGGAGAGGUCCGACUGCUGGGUGGGGACGGACCACGGGACGGAUCGACCUGAGCGGCGCUCUCGGCCACCCGUUGAAUCAAGACAGGGCAUUGAAGCGGUAGAUGGCGUCUCAAAUUAUCCAGACAGCCGUACCCCGGCUGUUUUCGGGCAUUCAGCCCACCGGCGCACUCCACCUGGGCAAUUACCUGGGCGCGGUUCAGCGGUGGGUCCAGGUGGUCCAAACCGGCCACUUGGCCGGCCAGCACUUCGCCACGCCCCAGGACCGUCUCUUCAGCGUGGUCGACCUGCACGCCCUCACCCUGCCCCAAGAUCCCGCCCGCCUCCGACGACACAUUCUCGACAUGACCGCUUCGCUUUUAGCUUGCGGCUUGGAUGCCGAGCGAUGCAUACUUUUCCAACAAUCCGAUGUGUCAGCCCACGCUGAAUUGGCUUGGCUCUUGAGCUGUUUCUGUAAUAUGCCUCGAUUAAGCCGAUUGACGCAAUUUCGCGAGAAAUCCGCCCAUUUAACCGAAGUGCCCUUGGGCCUAUUCGCUUAUCCGGUCUUGCAAAGUGCGGAUGUCCUCUUGUACCGAACCACCCACGUGCCCGUGGGUGAGGAUAACCUCCAAAAUUUGCACAUCACCGCCCAGAUCACCAAGAGUUGGCAUCAUCGUUUGGGACCGUUUUGGCCCGAACCCCAGCCUUUGGUCUUGGCUGGACCCGCCGCCCGCUUGAAGAGCCUGCGCCAACCCACCAAGAAAAUGUCCAAAUCCGAUGUCAAUCCCAAAAGUUGCAUCUUUUUGGACGAUACGCCCGACCAAGUGUUGACCAAAUGUCGGAAGGCUGUCACGGACAGUAUAUCCGAAGUGAGUUACGACCCCGAAAACCGACCCGGCGUGUCGAAUCUGGUCACGAUUCAUGGGGCCCUGACCGGUUUAUCACCCACGGACAUUUGUCAACGGGUCCAAGGUCAAGACACGGGUCAAUAUAAAUUGAUCGUGGCCCAGGCCUUGAAUGAUCACCUCCAACCCAUUCAGGAACGAAAAGCCCAUUUGCUCCAGCAUCCGAAGCACAUUCAGCAAGUCUUGGAUCACGGCGCGGCUCAAGCGCGCGAGAUCGCCGCGCCCAAUUUACUAGCCUUGAAACGCAUCCUGGGAUUGAAGUCCUGACCAAUUCCCGCUCGAUGUUAUGUAAGAGAAAUAGACUCUUUUUAUUCUGGAUAA